ACUUUUGUUUUUGUCUUCCCAGAAUGUGUCUUUCUGUGCUUUCCCCGCCAGUCUUGGCUUCAGAGAAGACGGUGUGUCUUCCAGGUGAACAACAGGGAGAGCCACAGAUAUGCUGCUGCUGGUAACGUGAGCGACUCUGUGCAACUCUGUGAAAACACCCAGUGCUGUUUGGCCAUUUACCAGAUAAUCAACAAGCAGCAGAAGGUUGACACUCUCGCUUGUGACAUGGUAGAAAAGUCUUGCCCAGACGAAACCUGCAAGGCCACAUCACGCAUCAGUAAUCGCUUCAUCAUGUGUGUGUGCAGCACAGAUCUGUGCAACAGCAAUGUUACAUUGACCCCAGCAGCUGGACAUCCUCUGCACACCCACUCCUCCUCUGCAGUUGAAAUCACAAGAACAGCCAUGGUUGUGAUUCUGUCCAUAUUUGGUUUCGUUAUUAUUGCUAUAAAAUGGAGAAGACUUUGUAAAGAGAAAGAGGAGAAUCUACAGUCUUCCGGUACAGAUUACAGCAUCCAGCAAUCAUGUUCGUGUCAAACAAAACCAUCAGAAAACAACAUCACUGACAUUGAACUGCAGGAGGUUGUGGGCCGAGGACGGUUUGCGGCUGUUUUUCAAGGGAGGUACAACAAAUCGACAGUGGCUGUGAAGGUGUACCCUGCAGGCUGGAAACACAAGUUCACCACAGAGAAGGAGAUUUAUGAGCUUCCUCUGAUGAAGCACAGUGGGAUUGUUCAGUUCUUGGGCACUGGGAGGAAACCAGAUGAUGGCAGCUUGAUAAUUGUGCUGCAGUAUGCUGAAUAU